UGAAUUGACUUGAGAGGUGUGAGGGGGGGUCUCGUCUGCUCCCGCCGCCGCGUCUGAUAGGACUACAGCCCAACCCGGUUACCGAGUCAGAAGCGUUUUCUCACAAACAAGUAACGCCCACCCACUGAACCGGGAAAGUCGCUUCAAACCCUACAGCGUUCUUCAGUCUCAAGUCCAAUAACCACCCACCGGAAAGCAACGCUCAGCUCCAGAAAAGAUUGAUUGAGUGACCGAGAGAGAAGUUUAAUGAACAACACAAGGAUAUUUACACUCCCUUUUAACACAUUUUGGCAACUUUUGGAAAUAUUUAGAUAUUUAUAUUCUCAGUCAAGAAGCCUAUUUUGAUUUAUAUUUUCUUUAUGAGACCGUUUAAGUGUUUGAAAACGUUUGGACGCGUCAAGUUCGUGACAAGCUCUUGGAAAAUACGCACACUGCAUGUUGGCGCGUUGUUUGAACAGGUGGCUCGGGUUCCGGUUAAAUUGGCCUAUUUACAAUCAACGGGGACAACGGACAGGACGGGCAGACGGGACUUUGUCGGACUUCAGAUGCUCCUCACAUACCGGACCUGCCAGGUUUAGAGCGCAGGGGACAACGAGGACGGACAGUUGGAAACUUCUCUAAAGGCUGAACAUAAACCGUGCUUUUGUAGUUUGACAGUUAGGAGUUUUUAUGCCAGCCACUGGCGUUGACAUGGUUGUCGAUAGUCCCCGGUUACACGGGGGUAAAGCCCCGGUCUCCACACCGGAGAACGUUGUCCCCGGGAGUAAAGCCCCGGCCUCUACACCGGAGAACGUUGUCCCCGGGAGUAAAGCCCCGGCCUCUACCCCGGAGAACGUUAUCCCGGCUUCUCUAGGCAGUCCUGCUGCGGAUAUCCUCCGUAAUUUUUACCACACUAAGCGGGUCGGAAACUACUUGAUCGGGAGGAAACUUGGAGAGGGCUCCUUCGCUAAAGUCCGAGAGGGACUUCACGCCAUGACUGGAGAGAAGGUCGCGGUAAAGGUGAUCGAUAAGAGGAAGGCGAAGAAGGACUCUUACGUGACUAAGAACCUACGUAGAGAAGGUCAAAUCCAACAGAUGAUCAGACAUCCCAACAUCACCCAGCUGCUGGACAUACUGGAGACUGAGAACAGUUACUACCUGGUGAUGGAGUUGUGUCCUGGAGGAAACCUCAUGAACCGGAUCUACGAUAAGAAGAAGCUGGACGAGAGAGAGACUCAGAAAUACGUACGGCAGCUGGUGAUGGCUGUGGAACAUCUGCACAGAGCUGGAGUGGUGCACAGGGACCUGAAAAUUGAAAACCUGCUGUUGGAUGAACAGGAACACAUCAAGCUCAUAGAUUUUGGUCUCAGUAACUGUGCAGGGAUCCUGGGUUACUCAGACCCGUUCAGUACGCAGUGCGGGAGCCCAGCCUACGCUGCUCCAGAGCUACUGUCCCGCAAGAAGUACGGCCCCAAGGUGGACGUCUGGUCCAUAGGAGUGAACAUGUACGCCAUGCUGACUGGCAGCCUUCCCUUCACCGUGGAGCCCUUCAGUCUCAGGGCUCUGCACCAGAAGAUGGUGGACAAGGAUAUGAACCCUCUACCGCCCUCUCUCUCUACAGCGGCCAUCUGUCUAAUGAAGAAGCUGUUAGAACCAGAUCCAGCUAAGAGACCCAACAUCCACCAGGUCAUGUCUGACUCUUGGCUACAACUGGCUAACGCUAACACUGGAGCACCCUACCUCAACAGGAUCCACAUUGAGGAGAUCAACCACAUGGUAUUACUGCAUAUGACAGAAAGGAUGGGCUACAAACACAGCGAGGUGCUGAGUGCUGUGCUCACCAACAGAGCCUGUCACACCCUGGCUGUCUACUUCCUGCUCAACAACAAGAUGAAGAGGCUCUCCAAGGAGUACAGGGAGAAGGUGUACCAGGAGAAGGAGAAGAAGACAGAGAAGAAUGAGUACUUCCAGACCCAGUGGAGGAAACACGUAGAGAAGGUCACCAUCCCUCCUAAACAGACUCCUGUCUACCUGGCCGUCAGCAAGGGCCCGAGCAAGGAGAAGAAGCACAGGAAUGGUCUGCUGCGAGCGGUGACAGGUAACUUCCACCGUGCCUCUCCUCUCGCCCCGUCCGGCACCGUUGCCUCAUCCUCCAUGGAAUACCUAGAAAUCCACCCCCUCUUCCCCCGCACGUCACAGCCAACCAGGCACCUAGAAACCCUCCAGGCAGCCAAUACCAGCCCAGACCACAUCCCCGCCCCCCCGGCUCCUUCUCCAAUCGGCAUGCACUCCUACGACUCCCUCGCCAAAGCUGAGACAAUCGACGACGUUGUGGUCCCCGCCUCGGCCACACCCUGGUACAAACUGACCAAUGGGACCUUCUCUCCUCCGCGACACGUCUCAGCCUUCCACCCUGAUUCGUCCUACCUAAAAAAGGCGACUAUCCCCAGCCCCCCCGUCCUCAUCGUCAACCCCCAGCCAAAAAACUCCUCCUCUAACUCGGGUGACAACCCCCCUAGUAUCUUCGGCAGCCCCCCGGGAGGUUCUGCCUUCUCCCCGCCCAAAUCAGCCUUCAGUCCCCUCAACCCGUCAUCUGCGUUCAGUCCUCCGUCCGCCGGGGGCAGCGUUGAGCCAGACAGCCCCCAGCACAGUAAGUUCCCCUCUAUGGGCAUCGGUCAGAUCCUGAAGAAGAAGGCUCCCUUCCAGCCGUUCAGUUUCAGGGCGGAGCAAGCGGUGGAGGAGGAUCUGGUGUCUCCGCCCCCUUACCACAUGCAGACGCUGCUCUGUGCCUCCGGGGCGCUCAAGACCCUUUGCUGAAGCCUUGUGGGUAGCGGUACAAAGAUGAUGAUGUGGCUCUGGUCCAAAGUAGUGCACUAUGAAACGAGGGGAUAGGGUGUGGUCGUUUUUGAGAGAGUUCACUCCUGAGCAGCCUUGGAUUUCGUCCUCUGCAGAGGCAGUCGCCAUGACAACACUACGACUCUAGAGACCCUCUUGGUGUUAUAGAGAUUGUAAUAAUAGUAAUUAAUGCAUUAAACAUUAAAGACAUAGAGAAAGACUAAGAUGGAUAAAAUGUCAACGAGUGUUUCGGCUGACGAAAGGCCUUUGUUGUGACACCGGUGACUGGAACACGUGACCGACCAAGCUCCACAGUGUUACCUGUCAAUGUUGUAUAUUGUGCUGUGAGAGAGAGCUGAGUGACACACACACACACAGAGAGAGAGAGAGAGCUGAGUGACACACACACACAGAGAGAGAGAGCUGAGUGACACACACUCACACACACACACACAGAGAGAGAGAGAGCUGAGUGACACACACACACACACACAGACAGAGAGCUGAAUGAUUCAUGUCACCUUAAGUAAUUGACUGUAGUCUGUGCUAUAAUAGUACUAUAUGUGUGUUCUGCCUGCCGGUAUUGCCAAGGUGUUCUGGACAAAUGGAACCGGUGGCAGUGAAGAACGUUACCUGUGAAUACUACAUGUUCUAAUUAUGGAGUGUAACAUUCACUAAGAUUUUACAUUCAUAUAUUCACCGUAUUGGACUAAUGCUUCCAUUUACUGUACACCAGGCUUCUCACUGUUGAGAUGGGUCUUUCAUACACCAGGCUUCUCACUGUUGAGAUGGGUCUUUCAUACCCCAGGCUUCUCGCUGUUGAGAUGGGUCUUUCAUACACCAGGCUUCUCACUGUUGAGAUGGGUCUUUCAUACACCAGGCUUCUCACUGUUGAGAUGGGUCUUUCAUACACCAGGCUUCUCGCUGUUGAGAUGGGUCUUUCAUACACCAGGCUUCUCGCUGUUGAGAUGGGUCUUUCAUACACCAGGCUUCUCACUGUUGAGAUGGGUCUUUCAUACCUGGCCAAAUCUGCACGCAAAACCGUUUUAAUAUGUAAAUGUGAAAAAUCGUAUAAUUUUUUUUUUUAAACAAGAAAUGUCAUUGUAAAUGUUUUGUGUUGUUGUCAAUAUUCAUGUGGAUUUGAGUCACGUUCUUUAGUAAGCUUUUCUAUUGUGUAUUUUUCAUUGUGUGCGUUGAGAGAUUUUUAUGAUGCCUUAUGAAAUAUUUUAAACAUUUAUA